AUGUCCAAUACGUUGCCUACCCGAACACCGACCGGUGAUUCUCAAAAUGAGAAAUCGUCACUUGCGACUUCUUUUCCGUCAUCAUCGCAACUCAGUGUGAGUGGAAGGACCAAACUAUCUCCUGCGGCUUCGUUUGUGAGACGCACACCAAGCAAUGCGCAACAAGCUCCUCGGCGACGAUCAGUUCAGCAUCCAGACCUACUCAAUGGGUCGCGGAGAUUCAAGUCGCAGUAUCCUCUCGACUCUUCUGAACGCCAUGUGGAAUACAUUCUCGUGGCCUCUUUCCACAUCGACCGCGGUCCGAUAAUGGAACACCAGUACCCUGCUCCGAUUAGCGGUGAUGAGAGUAUGCUCGCGGAACUGAUGCUUCCGGAUCAGACACAUGUACGAAGCCAGGACUGGACUAUUUUCUUUCUACACAAAGACACGGAAUCGGACGACGAAGACGACGAAGAACACGAACAAGAGGGAGAAGCAAAGGCGGCUAACAGAAAGCGGCGGAAGAGACAAGGGAAUCAGCAGAAAACGGACCACGAAGGUGAAGAUGAAACGAAUGGUGACGAAGUAUUCUCAGACGAGGAUGAUAGCAGCGAUGAUGAGGAAGAUGGAGGAGAGGGACCGCCUCUUAUGUACGUGUUGAACUUGGUAAAUACGAAGCAAGACAAUACAGUUCGCCGCGGAGCCGUCGUUAAGGCCAUGGCCAUCUGUACACGCCACUCGUUUCUUCAUAUAUAUAAACCAUUGCUCCUGUUGGCCUUGGAGGAUUACUUCAAAGCCCCCUAUCCGGAGACUCUCGCUUCUCUAUAUAACGCGGUCAAUGCGAUGGAUCUAUCGUUGCUGCCUCGCUUUACUCUUCUUGAACGAAGUAUCCUACAAGCUAGUGACUCAAAGGAUAUGUUCAUUGAAAAGUUCGAGCGUAUGAUUGAGCAGCGAGUUGCGGAUGAAGGGUCUGAACAUACUCCAGGCACAUCUUCCCCAGAGUCACUUACAAAAUCACGCUAUGCGCUGCCACGCGACACACAUGAAUUUGAAUCAAAAGUGGUGUAUAACGAUAUCCCAAUUCCAGUGAAAGUGCCCACCGUCAUCUGGCCAGAGACUGUGGGUGAUUUUUCACUAAUCAAACUAAUUCAAAUCUUUGCAACUCCGCAUUCUACAACCCCUCAGCCUUUCGCCCUUCACCCGCACCUUACAACCAAUGGAGCCUAUACGCAUCCCAUCAUCGUAUUGGUUAAUGCUAUGCUCACCCAGAAACGGGUGAUCUUCCUUGGACAUAACCGCCCAUCGGGAGAAGUAGCAGAGGCUGUACUGGCUGCUUGUGCUUUGGCAUCUGGUGGCAUCCUCCGGGGAUUUACUCGUCAUGCUUUUCCAUAUACCGACUUAACCAAAAUCGACGAUCUCCUCAAGGUGCCUGGUUUUGUUGCUGGAGUUACCAACCCAACAUUCGCGAAUCACCCUGAAUGGUGGGAUUUGUUGUGUGAUUUACCCACGGGUCGAAUGAAAAUCAGCAGUCGUGUUGAACCAGCACCACUUACAGAAGGCUUAAAAUUCUUCCAGCAUCAAAACACCAGCAAUGUAUCGGGACAGGGUACUGACCCCACAGGAGAUGUGGCAUUUAUGGAUGACAUCCAGCGGAGUAUUAGCCAGCGCUAUGGAGAAGGUGUGAUUCGUGCUAAAUGGCGGGCCUAUAUCUAUAAAUUUACCAGAGUGGCGGCUGCUUUCGAAGAGACUGUUUAUGGAGCAUCGGCUCUCUAUAUCAUAGGGCCGGGAGAGGAAACCGCAUCAAGUCCCAGUAGCACCAAAGCCGAUCCGUCGAAUCUCGCAUCCCUCCGUGGCCAUGGCUACGUGUGGCCAGACGAGGUCAGUAAACACCGAGAGCUUGCAGCAUGCGUCUCUCGGAUUGAGGGAUGGAGGAACACUCGAUCAUAUUACGGAUUCAUCCAAGAUGUGGCCACAUCGUACAAUGCGACGGGACCCAUAAAACUGAUGGAUUUGCAACACCAUCAUGACCGCCUACGUUCUUUGAAGCUACCACCCGAGGAAGCAGGCACAAUUUACAUGGCAUUCUCACAUGCGAUACGCGAUUACGCCGGCGUCUGUCAGCUGCUGACUGUAACACCGGAGAGCCAGGCGGGCCUUUUCUACGUUAGUCUCGGACUAUUCCAUCCCGACAUCGCCGUACGCGAUGCUACUGUGGACUUGCUUGAUCGUAUAUCUAGCCAUGAAGCCGGGCGACACUUCUGGAAUCAAGUUGGCCGGUUCGCUAAAUUGGCGUAUUUCCGUAUCAAACGAGACCGCGAUGCUCUCACCAGCCCGGCUCUCUCCACAGCUAGUCGGGGAGAUCCGUUUGGAGGGCCGCUUCGUCAGCAACGGAGUAUUGUUGGCAUUGCCUUGGGUGAGGCUUCUAACCGGAGGAGUUGA